GUUGUGGGCGGGGAGAUGAAUUGGGUUUCAGUUCCCACCCCUCUUUCUAUUCUCACUCUCUCACAAACGCACUUGUAUGGAAUUACCCUCACCAAGGCGGCCUGUGUCCUGCUCGGCUUUGGCUUCCACGAAUCAAUGAGGGGUAAAAGUGAGCACCGAGGGGGAUCUUCGACACCUUUGUCCUCCAUCUUUGAAAGGGUCGAUUGGAAAUUCCACACACCGGAUGUGCACUUUUUGUGAGCGAGGACAUGGCCAAGGUGUACAGACUCUAUACAGGAAUAAUAACAGCUCUCGCUUUAUGUGAAUACUCCACCGCCAAUUGGAAUAUCACAGAGUCUGUUAAUCAAACAGAGACCCCCUGUCAUCGCCAUGGCAACGGAGAUAACUGCACAGCGCCCACUUUAGAUACGGGAGAGUGGAAUGACCAUUUCUCCAAAUGUCCAGAAGACCUCCACCACUACUGCAUCCACGGGGCGUGUCGCUAUAUCAAAGACCAGAAGACGCCAUCUUGCAGGUGUCAGCAUGGUUACAUUGGCUCCAGGUGUGAGUACAUCGACCUGGACUGGCAGAUAGGAGAAAGGCGGCAAAUAAUCGUCAUCAGUGUCAUUGCGACACUCGUGCUCCUCAUUCUCCUCAUCUUGUUCUUCUUCUUCUGUUCACAUCGCAGGUCCAGAUUGUGCCGGAAGAAGGGACGGCAGACGGAGGAAUCAAGGAACGGGGCCGAGAAGCUUCAUAUGAUGGACACCAGUGGACACACCUUAACAUCAGACCCAGUGGAACCUUUAAACAACAACAAUGAUGUAUGAGAUGAGAGCGGGUAUCCGACUGCCUAGAUUCAGUUUGGGGACAUUGUCCUUAGGAUACAUAAGGACAACAAAGGUCCAUAUCCCUCUGGGCUGGUCAGGAAUGUGUCCUCCAGAGUCUGUCCAAGAUGGAUAUCAUGAGGCUGCAACCGUGAAGAAGCAGGAGACACUUUGUUGGAUUUACCCUAAAGACAAGCUGGAUAUAAACAUUCAGCGGGUGUAUUCUUUUAUUCCCUUGCCGAGGAGCAAGAGGCGGUCGCAGCCUUUGAAGAGCUGCCAACUGCUGUGGGCUAAACAAAUACAUUGUUGCUGUGAUGGAAAAAGCUGCAGCACAGGUGGCAGGUGGUGAUAACAGUUGCUUAGGUUACUUGACUUCAUAUUGUAUACAAAUACUUUAUAAUUGGUUUAAAUCAACACUUAGCGUCAGUUCAUUGUUGAGCCAUAAAACUUGCACAUGUCCUGUACUAAGACAUGUUUCUAGUCAACGUUAACAAUACACAGAGCAAAUCUAAUCCCAAAUCCUAAAUCAAAGAACAAACCCUAACCUGAGUUCCGAAACCCUAAACCCUAACGCUAACCACAUGGUACACAAUCCUUAAACCUAAGGGCAAACAUUUAACCAAAUGUAUGUACCAGUUUUCAAACUACCUGCAUUAUUUUUGAUCGCUUUUGCCAUCAAUUACCAUGGACUAUAGAGUGCACAUAAAUAUAAGCCACACCCACUUACUUUUUGGACAAAUUCUAAGUCUAAAAGCCACACAGGCGACAUUGAGCUCUCUCCGUCCUUCUCCUGCUCCUGCGCACUGAAUCUCCUGAAGUUGCCUUCUUUGGCCUUCCGUUAGUGGUGGUAGAGUUCCGGCGGCCGUUUCCUUUUUCAAUGGCCGGGUUGACCAUCUUCGGCUUUGGGGGUCUGCGUCUUCUGCAUUUCAUCGUUUCUUCUCCCUGACGAGGGUGAGUCCAUAACGCACUACAGUAAAUGGCUGACUGAAUGAUUGUGUGAGUGCGAUUCAUUUAAUGUGAAACAGUUUCAUUAGUCCACCAGGACCCGUUUGGCAAUUUAAUCGAUCUAAUGUGACAAGGCUAAAUUCAUUGGUGGAAUGAAAGGCUCGUGAACACAAAAUAUACACAAAAUAGCUGCAGCAUCACAUAAAGCACAGAGUUCAAAGUGUGGAAAAUAAGUAGCGGCUUAUAAACCGGAAAUUACGGUAGAUAGGGCUAACAUCAUUUGCUGUACAUUAGGGUUAAUCCUAAACCUAAGGGCUAACACUGACUACUAACACUAAACUUAAACCCAACCUGUCAUCAGUUAUUCAAUUAUUUGCCAUCCAAUUUCUACAAUGUUGGUUGUUUUUUGGUGAACAAAAAUAUUUCUACCCCUAACUCUAACUUGAACCCUACGUGUCCUACAACUGUUUGGAUCAUCUAUUGUACUAUCUGGGAUUUAUAGAUGUUUAUUUUAGAAGUACUUAGUUCUGAUGUUAGAUGAGCUAACGAAGUUAAUGGUACCUUUCUGGCUCACGGUUCUUACAGUUUUUACUUACCCUCGUAUCUAAUCAAAUUGGUAUGCUCAAUUUGUUUACCUUCACAAGCAACCUAUUGGUAAAUAUGAAAGGACACCGUUUGAGACUCCAAACUUGAAGAAGUACGCACAAAGGAGGGUUUGUACCUGAGAAUAUAUUUGAGAGCCAGGCAGCGUCCGAGUGGAACAACCGAGCCAGUGUGGAGUGGAGGGAGAGUGGUCCAAUGUUUGCAUGGCUCACUGAAUGUUAAAGAGAAAAGUUAAUGAAGUCUGCUCACUUAUUUAAGACUCACAUGUUUGCAUUACAUUGGUUUGCUGUUUGUAUUUAUAUGAAGACUCACAAUAUCAACCAUAAAACUAAUACAGCUAUGCAUGUGCUGUCGUUGUUUUAUUAUUGUUAUUAUUUUUCAAGAGACGGAUGAAUACCAUCAAUUGGUUACAGUGCGGUGUUGGUAUGUGGUAAUAUUACCAAGCGCAUCUAACAGGGUAAUGUCACAUGAGUCGACACAUUUCGGCACUGAUGGUGUGAAAACUGUGCAGUAUUUGGACCUGAGUAGGAUAAGAACUACAGUACGUUAAAAUUGUAAUAAAACAGAUACACAAUCUUAUAUGAAUAAACACUUCCAAACUGAUUAUAUCCAUCUGUGUUUAAAUAAUAAUAAUAUUUAUAACGACAAUAAAUGUAUGUAGAUGUUUUAUGUACAGACUAGGUUGUCCCGAUACCGCUACCAAAAUGUAUUUCGAUACUUUUCGAUACUUUUUGAUAUUUUUCUAAAUAAAGGGGACCGCAAAAAAUGGCAUUAUUGGCUUUAUUUGAACAAAAAAAUCUUAUGGCACAUUAAACAUAUGUUUCUUAUUGCAAUUUUGUUCUUAAACAAAAUAGUGAACAUACAACACAACUUUUCUUUUAUUAGUAAAUAAAC